CCCCCCCCCCCCCAAAAUCGCCCCAAAAUGGAGAAAGGCGAGGGCUCAGUGGCGGAGGCAGACGAAACGCACAACACGACCCACCACCUGGUGACCCCACCUGGUUUGACCCAGGCCGAGUUCGACGAGUUAAAGCGGCUCGUGACUGACUUCCACACCUACACGCUCGGGCCGGGCCAAUGUUCCUCCCUACUCGCGCAGCGCAUUAACGCGCCUCUCCACGCCGUCUGGUCCUUAGUCCGCCGUUUUGACCAUCCCCAGACCUACAAACACUUCAUCAAGAGCUGCACGGUGAAGGAGAACUUCAGGAUGACAAUCGGAUGUACCAGGGACGUGAAUGUCAUCUCCGGGUUACCGGCGGACACCAGUACCGAGAGGCUCGAUAUGUUGGACGAAGACCAGCACGUCACGGGGUUCAGUAUCAUCGGAGGGGAACACAGGCUGAGAAAUUACCGGUCGGUCACGUCGGUGCACGGGUUCCAUCACGACGGGAAGAUCUGGACCGUGGUGUUGGAAUCGUAUAUAGUGGAUGUACCGGAGGGAAACACUGAGGAAGACACGCGUCUGUUUGCGGACACCGUCGUGAAGUUGAAUCUGCAGAAGCUGGCAUCCGUCGCCGAAGCCAUGGCCCGUGACGGUGACGGGGCGGCUGGUGAUGCAAUGAGGUGGAACAGUGGUUUUAAAACGUUGGGGGCUGAAGGGAAAGGGGGCGUCGUUGAAAUUGAAAGCAGUGGAAUUUCUAGGGAAGCGAAAGAACGCAACGGACCGCAUUUCUGGCAGGGUUGAAGGCCGCAUUCCAUUUUCAGCUUAGGUUCAAAAGUACUGUUCUUAAUAAUUUCUUUCUUGGUUUGCCCUAAGAGUUGAGGCUGCCUCUCUCCCCCCUCCUUUCUUUUUAUUCUAUUUUAUUUUUUUGUCCAUUUGCACUGACCUCUCGGUUCUUUUUUGAGUAUUUUUUUUACCUGAUAAUAUAUUUUUCUGCACACGGGGCCCCAUUUCUAACGACUGUAGCAUCAUACCAUGUGACGGCGGCAAUCAUAGCUCCUUGUGUUUAUCCUUAACUUUGAAGUCCAAACUUUAUAUGUACAUUGUAUUCUAUAUUUUUUAAACGUUAAAAUUUUAGAUUUUCUUCUCUAA